AUGUCUCCAAAAUGCCCAGACAGACUGCUACCAAAGAUCCAAUGGAAGAAUCAGGAUCAAUAUGUCGACUAUGGGAAGAAGCUCAAUCUUAAUCAGAUUGGAGCAACUACUGUUCCAGCUAUUGUUCCAGCUAUAGUUCCUGGAGCUUCAGCAUCCACAAGUGGAGCAUCAAGCGUUGCAGGAAGCGUCAACACACCUUUGCGACUUGCUGGUACUACAGGUAUACUACAGGGAAAGGAUGAGAAUGGCAAUGAUGUCUAUCUUAUUCCAUGUCCUGCUGGUACGACAAAUGUUGAGCUUCAAGCCGGCUGGCACUAUGCUAGUGAAGAUGAAGAUUUGCCUGAUCUUGCUACUGAAGCAGAUCGAGGUCUGCAGUUUAUUCAAAGCCGCAGAAAGGAAAGAGAUCCAUUUGGGUUGUACAAUCAUGUCAUCAUGGACAGUGGUUGCACAAACACCACCAUUUGUAAUGGUGAGCUCAUGCAUGGACUCCGUCAUGCUGAGAAAGAACUUGACAUGCACACUAACGCGGGCAGCAGAGUUCUCGAUGAAGAAGGUUUUCUAGGAAGAUUUCCACCUCCAGUUUAUCACCAUGAAGAUGGAAUUGCCAAUGUACUUGAUAUGCGCGAGAUGAUUGCUGCGGGAUACCGCAUUAUUAUGGAUACUGAUGCUGACAAUGCUUUUAUUGUACAUUGUGAUGGAAACAGAAAGAUGCGAUUUGUGAUUCGUAAGGGUGUGUAUGUGUUGGAGCAACUUGGAGCGAAUGUCAAACCAGGUGCCAAAGAGACAAGUGUGAUGUACCGUCGCCAGUUAAACAACUUAAAUAAUCAACCCCAUUUCGAACUUUCUUCAAACAAACAGAAUGGAUAUGCUGGACUCGAGAUGACCUCCAAGAUGGCAACCAUUCGAAAGAACAAGGGAGGAUUCACUCCAAGACAAGUCAAGGCUGCAAUGGAAGCGAGAAGUGCAAUGCACAUACUCAAUGCUCCAAGCACCAAAAGUCUGAAGUUUGGGAUCCAAUCUGGUCUCAAUCAAUCAUGCCAAAGCAAUCUUUGGACCUGA